UAAUAGUUGUCAUUUCGUUCACAAGUUGUCUCUGCAUUCAAAACUGCCUCAAAACUUUCCGGAAAACUGCAAAAUAAACCUUAUUUUCUUUAAAUUCUGCUAGUAUUUUCUAAUAAAAUACAACAAACGAAAUAAACUUAUCAAUAUGGUGGUGAAAGUGUACAUAAGCUUGACGAGUGGGCUCAAAGAAGUCAAAAAGCGACAACAAAAAAUUCUCAUGAUAUUGGACAGUAAAAAUAUUAAGUAUGAGAUCUUAGAUAUCUCAGAGCCAGGAAAAGAAAAUGAGAAGGAUCAUAUGCAAACAAAUGCGACGAGCAAUGGUGGUACUGCUUCUGAUCCAGAUCCACGACAUCCACUUCCGCCUCAAGUGUUCAACGACAAAGAUUAUUGUGGCGAUUUCGAUCAAUUUGAACUUGCAAAUGAAAUCGAUAAUUUAGAAGUUUUCCUAAAAUUGUCACCAGAAGAAAUACCUCAACUUAAUAGAAGCACACUUGACACCUCGAAAAUUGACGAAAAUCAUCCGAAUGGCAAAGUGAUUGAGAAUGACAAACCUGAUGACGAUAAAGAAAAUAAGACUGAGGACGAACAAAAUCAGGUUUGAAGGCACUUGAUAAAGCUGGAACAAAAUUGAGCUAACAACUGCAAAUAAAAGCAGAAUGGUUUCCUUUUUUCUUACAUAUAUCUACUUAUAAAAUAAAACAUUAUAUAUAUUAAAACAAUUUUAAUGAUAAAGUGCUUCUUAAAAAAGUUUAGUUUUAAAAAAGAUAUUCUUUAAAUUAACACUUCAAUUCUUCUUUUUUUAACUAGAUGAAUGUGUAUCAAAUGCCAUUAAUUUUGAAUUUUCUUUUGAUAACCCUGCAAAACAAAUAGUAAGAAAACUUUAUGAGCUGAAGAUACAAUAAUUGCUACUCAGAAAAAAAAUCAAAUUGUUUUGAAGCUUUGUAAAAUUUGCAUGAUGAUCAUUUUAACCUCAUGCUCUAUGAAUGAUGAUUAUUUAAGUUAAAAUUUCAAUAUUUCUAUAUUUAUGCUUUGACUGUUUACGUGAAUAAUAUCCUAGAUUUUGCUAAAGGUAUCGUAUUAUUUUAAUAAUAUUUAAAGGAGAAAAGUAAACAUUCAGCAAUACAAAUUGCCAAAAUAAAAAAGACAUUCACAUGAAAUAUAUAUUUUGCAUAGAUCAGCAGAAGAUGUAAUUAUAGGAGUCAACGUAAAAGUUUUUGUUAACGAGUGUUUGGUUAACUAAAUAUUUUUUUUUCAAAUCUAAUAAGAAGCCGAUUGUUUAAUUGAGUAUACAUAUUUAUAAUACAAAAAGUAAAUAGUUUUUCAUUGAAAUUAUCUUAUCUAACAAAUGCUUAAAUAAUGAAUCUGUAUAUUGUUGACCAUUGCCUAAAAACUUUAUAAUUAUGGUAAUGAAUGACAUUAUACAGCGUUUUUAAUCUGAAUUCUAUAACUUUUAAGUUGUCAUGCAUUAAAUAAUGAAUUUUGUAACUUGAUUAACAAAGAAUAAAAAAACUUUCGAGUUUAAAAAGAAAAGAAAACUGUGAUGAGAACAGAGUUUAGAAUUAUCGCGACUGAUCAUUACAUAUUUAAAUGUGUUAAUCGAUCACUGGCGAAAAAUAAAAACUAACAUAUAGGUUUUAAUAUUAGGUAGUUAUAGUCGAACUCAUAUUAAACUUUUUAUUAUUCGUCAUGCCAGGAAAAGAUGAAC